CGCGUUGGAAAUCUCGCGGUAUUUUACUUACCCACAACCUCCGGUCUUCCUUUCUGCCUGAACCGACAUGCCUAAGGGAAAGAAGGCUAAGGGGAAGAAGGUGGCGCCUGCCCCUUCUGUGGCCAAAAAACAUGAGCCCAAGAAAGUAGUCAACCCUCUCUUUGAAAAGAGGCCAAAGAACUUUGGCAUCGGCCAGGAUAUUCAGCCAAAGCGUGACCUGACACGCUUUGUGAAAUGGCCUCGUUACGUUCGCCUGCAGAGGCAACGCUCCAUUCUGUACAAGCGGCUGAAGGUUCCCCCUGCAAUCAACCAGUUCACCCAGGCUCUGGACCGCCAGACGGCCACCCAGCUGUUUAAGCUGGCCCACAAGUACAGACCAGAGACCAAGCAGGAGAAGAAGAAGAGGCUGUUGGCCCGUGCUGAGCAGAAGGCAGCCGGGAAGGGAGACACCCCCACCAAGAGGCCUCCUGUUCUCCGUGCAGGUGUGAAUACCGUUACCUCUCUGGUGGAGAACAAGAAGGCUCAGCUGGUCGUCAUUGCUCAUGAUGUGGAUCCAAUUGAGCUUGUGGUCUUUCUUCCUGCUCUCUGCCGCAAGAUGGGUGUCCCAUACUGUAUUGUGAAGGGCAAGGCCAGACUGGGAAGACUGGUGCACAGGAAAACGUGUACCUCAUUUGCAUUCACACAGGUUAACCCUGAGGAUAAAGGUGCCCUGGCUAAGCUUGUGGAAGCCAUCAAGACCAACUACAAUGACAGAUAUGAGGAGAUCCGUCGUCACUGGGGAGGUGGUAUUCUGGGCCCCAAAUCCACAGCACGCUUCACUAAGCUGGAGAAGGCUAAGGCCAAGGAACUGGCAACCAAGCUUGGUUAAAAUGUUUGGAAUAAAAAAUUAUGUUCUAAUA